GCCGUGAUAGGUGAUUAAGCCACUCUGAUUAAGCGCGUUUCGGCUCGACGCUUGUAUACAGUGAAAUAUUCUAUGCGUUUGAUCUAUAAAUAGCCAUACAGGUACUUUCACCAACCGUGACUUUACUUUUUGUGACACAGUAGCAUGGUAUACACACCACUGAUCAACCGAUUUACACCAAUAUAUUACUGUAUAGUGGGCGUACGGCAAACGAAGUAGUUGGAGUUAUGAAAAUGCUGUUUAUGUGACAAAACUAGAGCGCACGAAUAAGGCUAUUAAAACAAGCGUAGUUUGCGUUUGGAUUUAGUGAGAAACGCGGUACAGCAAAAGUGGUGAAAUGGCUGGUAGAAGCGGUCGCGAAUACGGAAGUGCUAGAAGUACACGAGAUAUCGAGCUCAGGACUGUAGAAGAAGAGGCCAGAUUUCGGCGUGACCUUGAAGAUCAAUUUAGACCAGUGUUUGAUAAACAUGGUAACCAGGGUGUGCUCAUCAGUGAGCUACAGGAUGAACUGGAUGAGACCGGGAUCAUCAAGCAAAUCCCAGAGGACAGACUGGACAUGCUGAUUGAAAGGGCAGACACGGACGGGGAUUCGUACAUCACCUACAAUGAGUUCAUUAAUCUGCUAACACGCCCGGGCGUGCUGACAGAGAAUGAGCGGCGUGUGAUGCGUGGCUUCAUGGCCAGUAUCAUCUCAAACAUUGUGCCCGAGUCCCAGAAGAAAGACUUCCUCGAGCACUAUACCUGCUGUCCCCCGCCCAUAUUCAUGAUCAUCAUCAGCGUCAUUGAGAUUGUUGUGUUUAUCGUCUAUGCGAUGCAGCUCAAGGGUACCGCGGAUCCUGUGACUGCCAUAUCGGGGGUGCCCCUGUACAGUCCCUUCAUCUACAAGCCGUCAAGACGCUACGAGGCAUGGAGAUACCUCACCUACCUACUCAUACACCAAGGGUACAUGCACCUCGUGGGUAACCUGAUAUUCCAACUGCUUCUGGGACUUCCUCUAGAAAUGGUCCAUAAAUGGUGGCGAGUGUUGAUAGUUUACUUCGUUGGAGUGAUUGCAGGGUCCCUUGCACAUUCCCUGACAGACCACGACAUUGCUCUAGCUGGGGCCAGUGGGGGUUGCUAUGCCCUGAUAGGCGCCCAUCUCGCCUCUGUGGUUGUGAACUGGGCAGAAAUGAAUCAUAAAUGCUGUGAUGGCAAUCCAAUCAGAUUUCUACUCAGUGCUCCGGUGAGGCUGACAGUUCUACUCUUGCUAGCUGGCCUAGACACCGCCAAUGCUGUGUACAGAAGAUUCUUUGACCCUGCAGGAGGCAAGAUUGGAAUCACAGCUCACAUGGGGGGCCUUUUGGCAGGCUUGUUCCUGGGUAUCGUAGUGAUGAAGAACAUAAACGAGAAGCCGUGGGAGAAGACGCUGGGUUGGGUGACGCUGGCUGUGUUCCUGGUGUUUGUGUCCAUUGCGGUCUUCUUCAAUGGCCUCUACAAUGGAUACCCAGAGACUGACUGGGAACCUUGCUGCCCUUAGAGAACAAGGGAUGACUAUAAUUAUAAUUUAAGCCCCUUAGUCUUCUAAAAAUGAGUUAACUCAUUUAAACCUAAUGGAAUCUCCCAUCCUUCUAUAUUGGAUCAAUUUAUUUCCAAAAUUAGGGAUGUCUUGUAUAUUGAUUUCUAUAUUUAGAAUAUUUCUUACAGAAAUUCCUUUAAGCAAACAGCACAGACCUAGCAGAGACGCCGCAUUAUGCAUCAUGCGGCGUCUCAUCUGGGUCUAAGCUGUUUGCCAAGGCCUUUUUUCUAGACGCUAGGCAUGAAUGGGUUUAGCGCAUGUUCAUUAAGCCUCGCGCAGGCUACUUGGUGAUGACACUUUCUGCCUUACUGGUAAUUGGAGUUUGGCAAUAAGGGAUGACUUGAAUAAUAAUUUGAGCCUCAUCUUGGAAAAACUGGGUUAAAUGCAUGUGCGUAAAGCCUUGCACAGGCUACUUGGUGAUCACACCUGCCUUAAUUGGAUUUUCCGAACUAGGGAUGACUAGUAUAAUAAUUUGAGCCUCAUUAUAGGAAAACUGGACUUAAUGCAUGUGCAUAAAGUGUCAUUCCAGAUGAGACUGUGCAGUUGGCACAGGUAAUCAGAUAUGACACUUUCUUCCUUGAUCUUGAUGUUUGCUCAGAAGUGACUUUUAAAGGGAGAUUAUACGAUUUUGUCAAUAUUUAUGAAUUUAUAUAAAAUAUGUAAAAAAAACUUGUACAUAUAUUGAAAUAUAAAUUAAAAUAAAAGUUAAGAAGAACAUGUGUCGAAAAAUGCAAAAUAAGCCAGAUAUUUAAUUCUGAAAUCGAAAAUGUCUGUAUAGUCGAAUUGGCCAGCAUGUAUAGCAUGCAUGUACAAUGUGAAUCUAUUUUUAGUUUUACGGAUCAUUUUAAUUUCCUGCAACAAUAUCUAUUCAUACGACACACGAACACUCACUCUGAUCCUAAUAAAAAGAAGAAUUCUUCGGUUAUUGUAGGAAAAUAUGUACAAAAUAUCUUCGACACAAUCGGCUUGGGGUGCUACAGUAAUUUGUCUUCGCUGCAUUUUAAGAAAUUCGUGUUCAAUGCAUCAUUUUUCUUACCUAUUUUGUGUUAUUGUAACAUAUUUUUAUCAAUAUAUUACAAUUUAACACUUAUAAAAAUCGUAUAAUCUCCCUUUAAAAUGAAAAAUCCUGUAAGGUGUAAAGUGUUGUGUCUGAUAAUCAUGUGCAGACUGCACAGGCUUAUCUGGGUUGACACUUUAUGAACAUGUUAUUUAGCCCAGUUUUUGCAAACAAGGAUCAUUUGUUGUUUGUUCUUUGGGGGGUUUGCAUUUUAUGCUAUUACUUGCCCUUAGAUUAUCAGGGAUAACUAGGAUAGUACUUUUUUGUUUGUGUUAAGUUUUUUUAGCUCACCUGAUUGCUCAGGUGAGCUUUUGUGAUCAGUCUUUGUCUGACGUCUGUCCGUCUGUCCACAUUUGUUUGAAAUACUCUAGAGGCCACAUUUCUUGUCUGAUCUUCAUGAAACUUGGGCAGAAGCUUUGUCCUAAUGAAAUCUGGGUCGAGUUUGAAACUGGGUCGUUCCAGGUCAAAAACUAGGUCACUAGGUAAAAAAAAAAGAAAAACCUUGUAAACACUGUAGAAGUCACAUUUCAUGUCCAAUCUUCAUGUAACUUUGUCAAAAUGUUUGUCUUAACAAUAUCUUGGUUGAGUUCAAAAGUGGUUCCGGUCCGUUGAAAAACAUAGCAGCCAGUGGGCGGGGCAGUUUUCCUUAUUUUGCUAUUGAGAAACCUUGUAAACACUCUAGAGGCCAUAUUUCUUGUCCACUCUUCAUGAAACUUAGUCAGAAGAUUUGUCACAAUUAUACCUCGAUCGAGUUCGAAACUGGGUCAUGCUGGGUCAAAAACUAGGUCACUAGGUAAAAAAAAAGAAAAACCUUGUAAACACUGUAGAAAUCGCAUUUCAUGCCCAAUCUUCAUGUUACUUUGUCAAAUUGUUGUCUUAAUGAUAUCUUGGUUGAGUUCAAAAGUGGUUCUGGUCCAUUGAAAAACAUGCUCGCCAGUGGGCGGAGCAGUUUUCCUUAUUUGUCUAAAGAGAAACCUUGUAAACACCCUAGAGGGCACAUUUCUUGUUCAAUCUGCAUGAAACUUGGUCAGAAGAUUUGUCCCGAUGAUACCUUGUAAACACACUAGAAGCCAUAGGUUUGGUCCAAUAAUGAUGAUACUUGACCAGGAUGUUUUUCUUGAUGAUAUCUAUGCAAAGUUUGACAUAGGGUCAUGUGGGGUCAAAAUCUUGGUCAGGAGGUCCAAAUCUUAUAAAAACCUAGUAAACACAUGUAGAAUUAGCUUUACUUACAAAUGUUUGCAUGCAAAAAACCCACGCAAAUAGACAGUACUCAAUCAUAAUUAAUUAUAUGCUCACACUGCAAAAGUAAACAGAAGAGAACCAAUCUAAUAUGCUCUAGAGUACUGAAUUUUUAACUGAGCAAUGAACAAGGCCUUGUAAAAAAGGUGAGCGAACUAGUGCCAUCUUGGCCCUCUUGUUUAAUAAUUGAUACCACUAUGUGCAAAUCAUUUGGAUAUAGUUUUGCCUUAUAUGAGAUUUUUUGCUUCAUUGUGUUUUUUGUGUUCCUGUUAUUUCUAAUUGCAGACAGAUUGCUAAUGGCAAAUGUAAUGGAGCCAAGACUGACCUUAAAUAAAAUAAGAUAAUAAUGUGUUUGCGCCAUCAGAUUUUCAAGUGAUUUCAGGAUGAUUUAAUUGUUUGUGUAUCAGUUAGUCAGACUUAGUAAGUACUCAUAUGAAAACGUCAGCCACUGCUACUGAUUCAAAAAAUUCAUUUUAUUAUUUCUAUUGCUUGUAAGUUCUGUAUUUUUAAGAUCUUGGAUUUUCAAUGUUUAUAUUCAUGUUACAAUCUGCAGAUCCACUUGAAGUGAUUGCAGAUCCACUUGUAGUGAUUGCAGAUCCACUUGUAGUGAUUGCAGAUCCACUUGUAGUGAUCUAUGCUCUCAUAAUUCAGUGUUUUAUUAUUAAUGAUUUUUAUUUCAGAAGUUAUUGCAUGAGGAUAUGUGUGUUUAUGUUAUUUUGUAUUUGAUAGUUUUAAUUUAAAUGGACUCAAAGCACUGUUCGUAAAUUUGCACUUUCACUUCUCUUGUUCAUUUUUACUCAAGUAAGUCAAGUAAUGAUUUGUGUGAUAAAAAUACUGUGUUUUUGCCAAAAAUGUCUGUGUAUGUUUCUACUGAUUUCUAUAAUUACUUUGUUAUAAUAAAAAAUGAAUCAAAUAAUAUUAUAUUUUAAUCAAAAAUGUAAAAGUGAUCAGUUUUUCUUUCACGAAGUAAAUAUUACAUAUGGUUUUAAAAAUGUAAAAAUGCAUAAGCAUGUGUGAGCUUGUUGUUCAUAUCAUGUGUAUAUCUGUCAGUAAUAUAUUAUAUAAUUACAUAUUUCUGUGUUGUACUAGAGAGCUUUUGCAAUUUUAUUAACCUAAGUUUUAAAUUUUUAGUAUUUUUAGUUUUAUUUUUACAUCAUUUUUUUUAAAGAAAUGUGUUCACUGCUGUUAGCAAUUUUGAUUCGUUUUAUUAUGUAUGUAUACUGAAUUAUGUAUAAUGCUUUUUAUAAUCCUAACUAAUUACAACAGCUAGUAAGUUUUUAAUAGCAAAUACCGGUACCUAACAAGGAAGUAUAAAUUAAAAUUAGUUCAACAGGGAAUUUCCAAAUCAUCAAGGAAAAGAAUUACAAAUGCUGUAUUCUUUUACCGAUUUUGAACAACAAUUAUACAUUCAUGAACCCAAUUUUUUUUACGUUUGUCUUAAUCUGAAAUGUGAUUUCACAUGUUUAAACAUAAUGUAUGAAUUCUUAUUUGAAUAUAUGGCAAUUAUUGUAAAAAUUCCAAUUUUUCCAAACUGAGAAUAAGUCCCAUUAACAUUUCCAAAUAUUGUUUACAAGUAGAGGCUUAGCUAUAUUUUUAAUAUUAAUCAAUAUUUGGAGAAUUCAAAUGUUAUUGCCCUUGCAGUUUAAUCAUAUUGUUUUAUUUACAUAAAUGGUCGUGCAGUUUCAAAGUAUCCUGCAAUAUUCAGAGGCUGAUCUUGAAUGUAUUGUAUAUGUUGGCUUUUAUUGGCACUGUCAUAUUUUGGAAAAUAUGAGCUCACAAUAGAGUUCUAUAAUAUUUUCUUUAAUCCACAAAAUCAAAACUGAAGUUUAUCCUGAGUUGUCUGGGUUUUUUUUUACAAGAGAGUGAAUAAUACUGAUAGAAAAGUAAGGCUGUUCAGUUGUAUUGCCACAAAGUAUCUAACUGGUAACAUGAAAUGUUGCCUGCAAAGCCCUAAUACUCGCUUAAAUGUUAAGGUCAAAGUGGACACUUGAAAUGAGUGCAUAUUCCUGUUAUGGCAAUAUUCAAAGUACACCUAUGUGUCGGGUCAAUAACUUUGUCAAAUCAACGAUUAUUGCACAUUAAAAUGUUUCAUAUAUUUUUCCUGCCGAUAGUUUGGAAGUGCAUGUUCGUGUCCAGCCCUUAAGGUCAUUGUAGAUUAUAGGAUUUCAUAAUCAAUUGGCGCAAAUGAUCAGUAUAUCAAGACAAAGUGUUGUGUGCAAAACCAUGCUACUUGCUCAGGGUCGCAGCAAACACCUUGUGUUUUGCCUAUUCCUUGUGUACCAAUCUGAAUUUUAAACUGCACUGUGCUAUUACGACAUAAAUGCUCACUAAUAAUCAUCAUAUCAAGACAACGUGUCGAGUGCAACCAACAUGUUACUCGCUUAAAGGUCAAGGUCGUUUUGGACAAGUUAUUUCAUAGUCAUUUAUCAUAAUAGUGAUAUAAGGUUUUUAUUUGACUGCAAGUCCUCUUUCUUUAUCGUGCGUUUGCCUUUUUAGCUCAUCUAUUUUUUUGAAAAAAAAAUGAGCUAUUGUCAUCACCUUGGCGUCGGCGUCCGGUUAAGUUUUGCGUUUAGGUACACUUUUCUCAUAGUAUCAAUGCUAUUGCAUUCAAACUUGGUACACUUACUUACUAUUAUGAGGGGACUGGGCAGGCAAAGUAAGUUAACUCUGGCUUGCAUUUUUACAGAAUUAUGUGCCCUUUUUAUACUUAGAAAAUUGAAAAUUUUUGUUAAGUUUUGUGUUUAGGUCCAUUUAAUUCCUAUUAGGCUAUUGCUUUCAUACGUGCAACACUUACUAACUAUCAUAAGGGGACUGUGCAGGCAAAGUUAUGUAACUCUGACUGGCAUUUUGACAGAAUUAUGUGCCCUUUUUAUACUUAGAAAAUUUAAAAUUUGGUUAAGUUUUUGUUUAGGUCCACUUUUUUCCUAAAGUAUCAAAGGUAUUGCUUUCAUACUUGCAACACUUACUAUCGUAAGGGGACUGUGCAGGCAAAGUUAUGUAACUCUGACUGGCAUUUUGACGCAAUUAUGGCCCUUUAUACUUGAAAAUUUGGUUAAGUUUUGUGUUUUGGUCCACUUUACCCCUAAAGUAUCAUAGAUAUUGCUUUCAUACUUGGAACACUCGCAAACUAUCAUAAGGGGACAGUAAAGGACAAGUUGCAUAACUCUGAUUGCCUUUUUUAUGGAAUUAUGGCCCUUUUUUGACUUAGUAACUUUGAAUAUAUGGUUACAUUUUGUGUUUAGAUCCACUUUACUUCUAAAGUAUCAAGGCUAUUGCUUUUAAACUUUAAAUACUUUCAUGCUAUCAUGAGGGUACUGUACCUGGCAAGUUGAAUUUUACCUUGACCUUUGAAUGACCUUGACUCUCAAGGUCAAAUUAUUAAAUUUUGCUAAAAUUGCCAUAACUUCUUUAUUUAUGAUUAGAUUUGAUUGAUACUUUGACAAAACAAAUCUUACCUGACAAAUCACAAUUGACUCCGUCCAAACCAUCCCCCACGCCCCCGCCCCCCCCCCCCGAAUCCCUCCC